UCAAGUGGGAAGCAGUUCAAAUCUCUCGAGAGAGUGAGAAGUGGGAAAAGUUAGGAAAAAAAACUUUAUACAUUCAAGAUGACUUUUGUGGAAAUUCUUCCUGAACUCUUUGCCAGUUUAUGCUAUAUGCAAUGUGGUUCUUGGCUCAUCUUUAUGCUUAGUCUGCCCACUGAGGACUACUCACACCUUCUGGUUGGCCCACAGGUUUGUGGGAUGGCAAGUGCAGGACUCACAGGACUCUUCCUGACUCAUUUGCGCCUAAAAUAUCACAGAAUUAAAUUUGUGCAUUUUUUUCUGCUGGGACUUGGAACAGCUCUUUUUACCAUUUGCUCUCUGAUCCUCGUAAUCCGACCAUUAGAUUCCUGGCCUGGAAUAUACUUCGGUGGACUGGGGCAUGGUAUCGUUUACAUCACUGGACUGUCCUACAUCCACUUCAGAUCAUCUUCAGACGGAAAGAGAGUGAUCAGGAUGGGAGGAUGUCACUUAAUGAAUAUCCUGGGAAUGGCAUUAAUGGCUCAUUUGGGUGCUCAAGUAUUCAAGGAUUCGCUGAAGUUAGCUGCAGGAUGGAUAAUCCUGUUGGAGGGAUUGCUUGCGAUUGUCGCCUUGGUCACAAAUGAGAUCCUUCACCUCAAGGAUGUCUAUAACUACCGUGAAUGCUUGGAUGGGAGCGUUAAGGAGGCAAAUAUGAGGCGAGAUAACUUCCAGUCGGCCAUUGGCGUAGAUGCUGAGACUCCCCAUGAUACUCCAAAUACUAGCUAUCAGCUCAAACUAACAAUCCUAAGUGUUAGCAUGAAGAUAACGAAUGCCAUGCUAACGCACAUUCCUCUCAUUUUCUUCACAAAUAUCGCCGUGGAGAACCUCCUGGGCCGCGAGAACCAUCUGGAAUUUAUGAUGUUCUACUUUGCAGUAGUCGGAAUGAUCCUAUCCCUGCUGACAUGCCUCAAAUUCAGCAUCAGGUUCAUCUACAUGAAUCAGAAAUUCUCCCUGAUCCUACCAAUGAUCAUUGGCUUUUCUUUGAUGACUGCUGAAAAAUAUUCCUUUGCCGCUGUUGGAUUCUGGUUCUUCUUCAUGCACCUGGGUCAGGCAGCCCUCUGCCCCGAUGUCUCCAUCAUGGAAUUCACAGAUAUCCGGUACUCGGAAUUAAUGCUGAGCCUAGGAUACUGCGUAGAAUCCAUGAUGACCACAAUAACGCUCUUUCUGUGGCAUCAACAUCCAAAAGUCAUGCUCUUUGACAAUCUUGUGGCAUCCUACUGGACAAAUUUUGCCAUAUUCGGACCUAUCUGUCUCAUCCUUCUCCUUUCCCUGCAAUUUCUCAAAUAUCCCGCCACUACGAAGAAAUCCAUUCUGGACAUUCAGCGGUUGGUUCUCUUCGGACCUGAUCCAGAUCCUCAACCAAUUGAUUCAAUCUCCGAGACUACUAAAUAAUUCGGCGAGAAUUAAAUUUAAGGGAACUGUAUUUUGCAAGGUGUUUGUAUUUGACCACAUUUGUAAGUUCCACCUAUAAAUAAUUUAGGCCACGCCUCAUCCUAAAAGAAAUAC